AUCAUCAAAGCAAACUUUCUUUGAAAAUAAUUCCUUUCCAUCUGCCAUGAGUUCCUUUUCCUACAUUUUUUCCUUGGGUUUCGUCGCAUAUCCUGGUGUCCAGCUUUAGUUUAGGGCACGUGUGUAUGAACUUGGAAGACAUCAGUGUCCUAUUUCACUUGCGAAGCCACCCAGGAGCAGGGGAAAGGACUGCGUUUGGCAACAGUGCUUUCAAGCUGUGAAUUGCAUGUGGAGUGUGCAGGGCAUUUGCCUUGCUUGAAAAAGGUCCCUGGCACAGAGGUAGUAACGACACUUUCUAAGCGCUCUGCCUUCUAGCAUUGUGUUCGGUGUGGAUCGCAGUCGGAGGACUUUGCCAAUGGGCCUGGUUAUAACAAAAUAGCCUUUGAGACUGCGUUAUUAGCACGUGUCUACAUGAUGCCAAACGAGCCGAAACGAAGCUUCUCUGUCCUGCUGCCAGUGGUACUAGUGUCAUGGCUGGGCGCUAUCCUUCCAGGAUGUGCCGGUGUGACGCUGAAAGACGUAUCCAGUAGCUCCGGCCUGUCCAACAUCAAAGGCUAUGUGGCGGCAGUGGCUGAUAUAAACGGGGAUCACUUUGCUGAUCUGCUGGUUGUUGAGGGCAGUGACUGCACAGUGUUGGUAUGGAAUGAUGGGCACUUUGCAAAGAUGGUCACUGUUCACAGCACUGGCACUAUCCACAGUGUGUUGCCAGCUGACUAUGACGGCGACGGGAAAGUCGAUGUGCUGAUCUGUACCCAGUCACAGCAGGCCGUGAAAGAAGAGGGUUUCUAUGGAGAAACAAUGUACUCACUGCAUGUACACUGGGGUACCAACAUGACAGGCUCACCCAAGUUGGUAGCCGAAUCUGCCUUGGCUCCACCAGCCCUCCUAGAUGUGAAUCUUGAUCUACUUCCCGACAUUGUCAUUCCCAUGGCCGGUCAAGUCAUAGUCUACUGCAGCAGUACAAGGCAUAGUUUCGAAGACUGCUCGUCCCAGCUGGCGACCAGUACUGAUCAUCCUGUGGACAGAACGCCGGCUCUGAUCUACUCAGAUGACACUCCGGUGAUAUCCAGCUUGAGCUACAAUGACUCUACUAACUCCAUACUACUCAGUGCUUGGCAAGCAACAGAGAUCAAGCAGUGGAUGCCCAUCACGGACAGCUCAAACUUCCUCCCGGCCGCCGAGAUCAGUCUUGUUGGCAUGGAGACGUGGCAGGAUAUGGAUCUUGAUGGGAGUUUGGAUUUGCUAGUUCCUGUUUGCUGGGAUGCCGCCUGUCACAACAGCAGUAUUCUGAUAUUGUUCACACACGGGGAAAGUCCCUUUUCGGCUGCCAGCAUGCGUAUGACAUCGGUGAACCUGUGGAUGAUGUCGCCAAGCCUGCGUCUGGAUAGUAGCACGUUGCUGCCUGGUCCUGAGUCGCUACUACUGCCGGGUAUUCGCUGUGGAGAUCUUGAUCUGGAUGGGUUUGUGGACGGUGUUAUUGUGGGUGUUGACAUGAACAAUCAGAAACACACGGUGUUCCUGCACAACGAAGACUGCUCCUCGCACUGCGGCAAUGGUGUCACACGCACCCUUGUCCCUCAGGUGCUUGACAUUGGCGGCCAUGAUGCCUUCGUUGCUAGUUUCUUUGACUUCAAAGGCGAUGGCAUUCCUGACUUCCUGCUCAGCACCAGAAACGCGUCCAACAGCUCGGUGGGAAUUCUCCAGCAGAGCAACGUCGAGCGCAACGCCUUUGUCAAAGUUGUCGUGACAAGCUGUGUAUCGACGAAUACGUGUGUAUCCUGGCCUGGGACAGCUGUAGUCGGCACACGCGUGUCGUAUAGCAUGGCACAGCAGAGGUUGAACGACGUCACAUCUUCGAAUUUACCACUGCUAUCUCAGGUCGGUACCAUGACACUGCAAAUGCCAUCGGUGAUCGUAGGCUUAGGGAGACCCAUCACCUAUGUUCGAUCAAUGUCGGUUGCCUUGCCAUCGUUCCCUGGACAGCAGAGCUUAUCACACCAAUGGCCCGCCAUCAUUCCAAACUCCAAGGUCCUCAUCGUUGCUAAUCCAACCGAUCAGCCGACGAAAUGGGAAGCACGGCUGUUGCUGAAUGCCGGGCAGGCGGUGUGGCAGACGGCACUUGUCUUCACAUGCACCUGUAUCGUUUUAGCCCUGGCGUUCAUCUUCCUUCAUCGGCGUGAACAGAAAGAGGACGAGUUGGAGCGGAAGGAGCAGUCACAUCAGUUUCACUUUGACGCCUUGUAACAGCAUUAUUAGCAAGUUCCCGAUGUAAGACUUCCUCAGUGUUAGGACCAGCAGUACUAUCGUAUCCUGUGAGUCCAGCCAUCUUGAGAUUUAUAUCAUGCUUCUAUAAGCAUACUGUUGUGCCUAGAAACCCAGGAUCAGUUAUCUGAUGACUGCCUUGCGGCAUGAACGCUCGGAGUUACAACCAACCUGAACGUCCUCCGCUGAGUCCGCUAUGUUCUAAGCUCUGUCUAUGACAUGGAGCACUCUCUGUAGCUCAGGGAUCUCAGAUUUAUGAUGCUGCUUCUCUAUUAUUUUUCAAAAGGUCCACAGAGGAUCCACUUCGAAGUAGUUUCCAUGGCACUGGCGAGGAUCUAGUUGUCACGGCAUUGAUAGUUUGAAUUUUUGAAUUUGUCCGCACUUUCCCGAGUCACAUGGUCCUAUAUUAUCAGCCCACAGAACAUCAGCAAAAAUCUCAAAAUAAUUCUAUCAUUUUCUUAUCCAGCGCGCCACACGGCCACAGGCCACAGGCUGUGUGACAGUGCAGCUGUGAGCACUGAGUGCCGGUCACUUACAGAAUGACUGUGAUCACAAUGUGGCAUGAAUGCAUGCAGCAUAGUCCUGGUUUUAUACUUGCGCAGAUCAAUCAAAUUUAAAAAAAGUUUCUUCAUUCGGGGCUGUGCCCUGGCACAUGAACCUUCCAUUGAAACUCACAAUAAAAAAUCAA